AUGACGAAUUAUCCGCAAAAUCGAGAGAUGAUUAAGUAUGCGAAAGAUACAUCUGAGAUAAUGAUCGUGUUAAUGCUCUUGAAGACACACGAAAAAGAUAUUCUAAUGUCUAAGAAGAAUAUGUUUGAAGGUAUUGUUGAGCAAUCCAGAGAAAUGUGUCAAGCAUUGAAUCAACAACAAACCCAAGAGGAUUAUUCUAAGUAUUUAGAAAUUCAGCUGACCGUUCAGCAGAAAAGAUGUGUGGAAUUGAAUGACAAAUGGAAUAGCGCGGAAAAUCAAAGCAGAAUGCACAAAAUUUAUCUCAAUGAAACUAGGAAAAGUCUCGAAGAGACUAAAAAGAGUCUCAACGAAGCUAGAGAAAGUCUCAAUAAGUCCAACAUAAAAGAAGAGGUGGCAGAGUAUCAUAGAGACAAUGAAGAGAUUAGAGAGCUUCGUCGGCAAUAUAAAACAAUGGAAGAAAGGUACGUUAAACAGAUGCAAAUUAACGAAACAAACCAACGAAUUAUUGAUCAGUACAAGUCUAAAUCCGACGGUAAUGAUGAAGUUCUGUCGUUACGCCAGCAGAAUCGUGCAUUGAGCAAAGCACUUGCACACAACAUGUGCGAUAUGCAAAGGCUUAAUAAUGAACUCGAAGAAAUGCAGCAAAAAUAUAAAGAUGCCGAAGCUAGAGCAGCUGAAUUGCAGAAGAAGAACGAUCUAUUAAAGGAAGAAAGCAUCAAAUAUCAAGAAGCUGUGGGCGAUACCACUAAAGAAUUUUCAGCUGGACCUAGUCGCAAUGAUCCCCUGACUGAACUCGAGAUGGAGAUCAGAGAUUUGCGCAUUCAGAAAGCUGAGUUGGAUACACAACUCCGCGAAACACGAGACAAUUUUAAUCUUGAAUCUCAACAUUUACAGUUAGAAAAGGACGUUGUGAAAUUGCAAAACAAUUUAUACGAUUUUACUCAAGUAAAAGGUAGACACGUUGCUUUCAAUGAACAAGGGAUUUCUGCACUGUUGAAGAGUUAUGGAUGUCAACUUGAUCCUACAUCGAAGUUAAUAGUUAGCAGUGCGCUACAAAGAUAUACUAUUGAGAAAGUAGUUAAACGUACAAAAAUACAUUUCGACACGUGUAUCGGGGAUUUGGGUAACCGGUACACCAAGACUGAUUUAAACUAUUUCUUGGAAGGAUUGAUCUUGAAUACGGCAGCCAGUUUGAAACAGUAUAUAAAAGACUUUGUUGAGAUGCGCAAAGGAGAGGAUGAAUUGACUCGCAUGGCGGGAGUGAAGAUAUCUCAACACGUAUAUACCGUACUUAGAAAUCAUGGUUUUGCGCAGGCCGAUCAUCCAGUUCUAGUAAACGAAGUCACGCUUGUAUUGAGUGAGCUCGAAAAAUGCCGUCAGAUUAAGGACGAAUCGAAAAGGAAAUAUAUUGAAGAAUUAGCUCCUUCCAUCGUCCUUGAGAUAAUUCGUCUAUUUUGUUUUAGAUUCCAGACUCAAAUCCCUGCUGUUGAGUAUCACUUUUUCGAAAGUGGAGCCAAAUUCGAUUCUGUUACAAUGGAAUGCAGUCUAGUUGAGGAUGGAGAGGGUGAAAAUCAAAUUGUUGAGAUAUGUUCGUUCCCGCUGAUCGGUGUGAAUAUUUUGGAUGAGCAAAAGAGGCAGAUCUUUAGCAAAGCGCAAGUUCAACUGAGACCCUCGGGUUGGUAUAAAAAAAAGUGA